GAACACCAACCCUCCUCUUAUUCUCACGUUCCUCCUCCUCCUCCUCCUCCUACUCCCUCCUCCUCCACCUACUUCUCCUCCUCCCUCGUCUUCUUGGCCUCCUCUGAGGCCAUCCAGCUGUCUCCAGCUUCACCAUCCAACUUCAGCCCAUCACCACCUGAGACCAGCUCCCCUGAACCGACCCCCAGCCCCCCUAAACCGACUCCCCGCCCCCCUAAACCGACCCCCAGCUCCCCUGAACCGACUCCCAGCUCCCUUAAACCGACCCCCAGCCCCCCUGAACCGACCCCCAGCUCCCUUAAACCGACCCCCAGCCCCCCUGAACUGACCCCCAGCCCCCCUGAACCGACCCCCAGCCCCCAUAAACCGACCCCCAGCCCCCCUAAACCGACCCCCAGCUCCCCUGAACCGACCCCCAGCUCCCCUGAACCGACCCCCAGCCCCCAUGAACCGACUCCCAGCCCCCCUGAACCGACCCCCAGCCCCCUUAAACCGACCCCCAGCUCCCUUAAACCGACCCCCAGCCCCCCUAAACCGACUCCUAGCUUCCCCAAACCGACUCCUAGCUCCCUUAAACCGACCCCCAGCUCCCCUGAGCCGACUCCCAGCUCCCCUAAACCGACUCCUAGCCCCCUUAAACCGACCCCCAGCUCCCUUAAACCGACCCCCAGCCCCCCUAAACCGACUCCUAGCUUCCCCAAACCGACUCCUAGCUCCCUUAAACCGACCCCCAGCUCCCCUAAACCGACUCCUAGCCCCCCUAAACUGAGUCCCGAACAGACAUUUACAGAGAUAGGAAGGGUUUGGGAGGAUGGGGUGGUGUGGGGACAUUCCAGCAUCUAA